CGACACGAACCCAAGCACCGCGGUAGGACCACCGUCGCGAUGACUGGCAAGUUCCCGCUGCCGCCCAACUUUUUUCGGUGUCCGCCGCUGACGGCAGACGAGAGCAACUACAUGUGUGGCCUGGCGCGCAAGUCGCUGCUUGAUCUCGUGCGUCAUUCGCGCAUCGAAGGCGGUCCAAUCAAGUGGACCCUCGACUCAGACGAGAGCGGGCUCCAGAUCUACUCGGGGGAAGACCCGACCGCGCCAUCGGAAAUGCGAUUCCUCUGCUCGACGACUGAAGUCAUGGCGACAAUCGAAGAAGCGGCGUCGCUCUUUCGUCUCGAAACGACCGAGCUCUUUCGCGAGUACCUCCGCAUGUUUGCCAAGGACUUGCUCGACGCGGCGUCGUUGUACACACUCGCAAUGCCAACGGAACAACAUCCUCGCCAUUACAUUGGGGUGAAAUGGACUUGCCUCGAGUCCCCCACGAGCUUGAUCAAAAACCGCGACUGGUGCUAUCUGGAGUGCCAAGACGACUUUGAAAUCAACGGACGUCGGGGGUGGGCGCGAUCUCUAAACUCGAUCAAGCUCCCUUGCUGCCCCGAUCUCCAAAACUCGCUCGGCAUCGUCCGCGCCUCGUUCUACCGCACUGGUUACGUCUUCCUCGAGACGGACCGCCCGGGAUACCUCCAGGUGCUUCAUGCAAUCCAAGUGGAUUUCAAGGGAAACGUUCCAUCGUGGGUCGUCAAGAUCGGGAUGAAAAAGCGCGCGCGAUCGAUUGGCGAGAUCGACCAGUACCUCCGCGAGAAGCGGCUGAGCGGGGAAAAAUUCCUCGUCGACCACGAGCUCGUGCCCAAGGUCGCCCGGUCCAAGUGCUUUCUCUGCCACAAAAAGUACGGCGCGUUUACGAAGAAGCACAAUUGCCGGCGCUGUGGCGAGGUCGUGUGCAGCUCGUGCAGCAAGUUCUGGAACGUCGAGAUGAACAGCCAUCGCGUGCACGUCCGUGUGUGUUCGGCGUGCUCGAUCGGCGCGUUUAACAAAGGUCUUCCGUCAGUGCAAGCGUUUCCGGACAACGUGAGCAUGACAAGCAUCGACGCAAGCACCAAAGCUGUCCCGUUCGACCGCAAGUCGGCGCUGGCUCCGACGACGCCGCGGCAAGGCCAGGCGAAGCGCGAGAUGCUCGAGAAACAACGUACGAAAGCGAGGGACGACAUUGCCGUCCAAGCGCACUCAAAGGACACGUCGUCGACGAAACCCCUCCAACAGCCUCGACCUGCGGCGGCCGCCGUGCAAGGCUCGUCGACGCCGCCAGUUGCUCCUGUCGCGUACGACGCCGCGCAAGUUCACCAGCAUGGACGAAGCUACCCUCGCUACGACGACGACCGGCGCGGUCAGCACUACGACGCGACCGACGAUCCAGACAAGUCCGAGAGUUUCCACGACUACGCUCCGUUGAAUGCAAGGAACCUCGAAAUAUUCUCGCAGCAACGUGGCAGGCCGCCGCCCCAGCUCCACGAUCGAUUCGACAUGCCGCCGCCGCAACAUCCAUCUUAUGCGAGCGACGAUCGGUAUUACGACCACGACCGCCAUCCGUCGCGGCAAGCCGACGAAGAUCCGUACUAUCGCCCCCGCCACGGCUACGAUUACCCAACCGAGGCGUCGGCGCUGGGCGCCGAUGAACACUGCUACUCUGGUCAACCACCACGCGACCGUCGCUACGACUCGUCCUACUACCGCGACCAGCCUCUCGAGUACAAUGCGUACCGCGACGAUCGAUAUGCACCUUAUGGCCAGCAGCAGCAGCAGCAUUGGCGAUAUGACGACGUGCCUGACCACCGAGAAUACUACGAGGAAGAUCGGUAUUACAACGACCGUCGAGGCGCCCCCGACGCAUACCAAGCGUACAGUCGGUACAAUGAUCCGCGUGCUCCUCCACCUCGCUACCAUGAUCGGUACGACGACUAUCGAUACGAGGACGGGACUGUCGCCGACGAAGACAUGUUCACGGGCUCGUCCACGCGGGAUUAUCCGAGCGAGAAUGGAUAUCUACCACGGGGAGAAGGCAGGUAUCCACCGCAGGACGAGGACGAUUCGUAUCUCCGACGGGACGAAGACUCGGUGGGCGAAGGUCGGCGACGUGCUGACGACGCACGACCUCCGCAUGUCAGCGACACGGACGACCAAGCGCCUCGUCCACCCAACGCAAAGGACGCCGACUUGGCUGCCCUGUUCAAGCAAAUGGAAGCGUUGGGGUUGAAGGUUGCCGACGGCGAGUCGAGCCAGCAACAGUUGCUCGCGUUGUACAAGCACCUCCAACAAAUGAACUUGGAAUCGACUCUCGCCAGCCCCGAAGCGGCAUGAUCGACAUCGUCCACCUGUAAUCAAACCAUGAUGUGCCUGCAUGUGUCCACAGUCGCGUCGUCCAUACGAGCGCCAGCCGUCCGUUGGACGUGACGUUUGCCGUGAGUCGCGCCGGAGAGAGCGCGUCGCUUCCAAGCUGUCGUGGAAUCGAAGCGGCUCUGUCGUCCCGUCGUUAUCGUGAAACGUUAAAACCACUCACAA